GGGCGCUGACGCUCAGCCGGGGUUCACCCCAAGCCCGCGGCGCCCCGCGCACCCACCCAACUGCAGCCCGAUUCGGUCUUCUCUGCAAACCACCCGGGCGACCCGGGGGCGACACGGCUGCCCGGCCACAGUGGGGACCAGACGCCCAGGGCUGCAGGUGCAAAGGCGCCAGAGCCGGGGAGGCCAAACGCGCCGGCCCAGACCGCAGGGGUGUGAGCUGGGCGCCGGCUGCCGCAGCCCGGGGUGCGCAUCCCUCGCCGCCCGUGGUCGCCCAACCCGCGGAGACGCGUGUGCGCCAUCCGGCUCCCGGGGGAUUCCGCGGGUGCAGGGCCUAGCGGCCCGGGCAUCGGGAUUGGACCGCUGCUUCCCCCGAGAGCCGCUGAUGCAAAGGCAGGUUGGGGCGGCCGAGCCCGGCCAGCGCCCUCUAGGCAGCGGAAGUGGAGCUUGCUUUACAUCCGUCCUCCCCGCCUCGCAGAGUUGGGAGAAGGAAGGCUGGGGGGUGUGGAAAAAUAAAAGGAAAAGUCCUUGCACCAUGUAGACCCGCGCCCCCCUACCCUGGCACCCCGGCCGGCCGGGGACCUCCCAGUCUGCGGCCAUGAACGCGAGCAGCGAGGGCGAGAGCUUCCCGGGCUCGGUGCAAAUUCCAGGUGGCACAACAGUGCUGGUUGAGCUGACUCCCGACAUCCACAUCUGCGGCAUCUGCAAGCAGCAGUUUAACAACCUGGACGCCUUUGUAGCUCACAAGCAGAGUGGCUGCCAGCUGACCGGCACAUCUGGGGCGGCGCCCAGCACAGUACAGUUUGUAUCAGAGGAAACGGUGCCUGCCACCCAGACUCAGACCACCACACGAACAAUCACCUCUGAGACCCAGACGAUCACAGUUUCAGCUCCAGAAUUUGUUUUUGAACAUGGCUAUCAAACAUAUCUGCCCACAGAAAGCAACGAAAACCAGACAGCCACUGUCAUCUCUCUCCCUGCCAAGUCACGAGCCAAAAAGCCCACAGCCCCAACUGCUCAGAAGAGGCUUAACUGUUGCUAUCCAGGUUGCCAGUUCAAGACUGCCUAUGGCAUGAAGGACAUGGAGCGUCAUUUAAAAAUCCACACGGGAGACAAACCCCACAAGUGUGAAGUCUGCAGCAAGUGCUUCAGCCGGAAAGAUAAGCUGAAGACCCACAUGCGGUGCCACACGGGCGUGAAGCCCUAUAAGUGCAAGACGUGUGACUACGCUGCUGCAGACAGCAGCAGCCUCAACAAGCACCUGCGGAUACAUUCCGACGAGCGGCCCUUCAAAUGCCAGAUCUGCCCCUACGCCAGCCGCAACUCCAGCCAGCUCACCGUACACCUCCGGUCCCACACAGCUUCAGAACUAGAUAAUGAUGUUCCAAAACCAACUUGUCCCUCCGCUGAUAGCAGUGAUACCCAGAAAGCCCCUGUCACAGCUCUUCCCUCUGAGUCAAAGGAACAAACAGCAACCCUUGGGGAGAGGACCUUCAACUGCUGCUAUCCAGGUUGCCACUUCAAAACUGUUCAUGGCAUGAAAGAUUUGGACCGCCAUCUAAGAAUCCACACUGGAGACAAACCCCACAAGUGUGAGUUCUGUGACAAGUGCUUCAGCCGGAAGGACAACCUGACUAUGCACAUGCGGUGCCACACCAGCGUGAAGCCCCACAAGUGUCACCUGUGUGACUACGCUGCCGUGGACAGCAGCAGCCUCAAGAAGCACCUGCGGAUACAUUCCGAUGAGCGGCCGUACAAGUGCCAGCUCUGCCCCUACGCCAGCCGCAACUCCAGCCAGCUCACCGUACACCUCCGGUCCCACACAGGGGACACCCCCUUCCAGUGCUGGCUCUGUAGCGCCAAGUUCAAAAUCAGCUCGGACUUGAAAAGGCACAUGAUCGUGCACUCGGGGGAGAAGCCUUUCAAGUGCGAGUUCUGUGACGUCCGCUGCACCAUGAAGGCGAACCUCAAGUCGCACAUCCGCAUCAAGCACACCUUCAAGUGCCUGCACUGCGCCUUCCAGGGCCGGGACCGGGCCGACCUCCUGGAGCACAGCCGGCUCCACCAGGCCGACCACCCCGAGAAGUGCCCCGAGUGCAGCUACUCCUGUUCCAGCGCCGCCGCCCUGCGCGUGCACAGCCGGGUUCACUGCAAGGACCGCCCCUUCAAGUGCGACUUCUGCAGCUUCGACACCAAGCGGCCCAGCAGCCUGGCCAAGCACAUCGACAAGGUGCACAGGGACGAGGCCAAAACAGAGAACCGGGCCCCGCCGGGCAGGGAGGGGCCCCGAGAGAGCGGUGGGCAGCACGUGGCCCAGAUAGUGACCCAGCGGGCCUUCCGCUGCGAGACCUGCGGCGCCUCAUUUGUCAGGGGCGACUCUCUGCGGUGCCACAAGAAGCAGCACAGUGACCACAGUGAGAACAAGAGCUCGGGCUUGGUCACCUUCCCGCCCGAGAGCAGUGCCUCGGGGCAGCUGGGCACCCUGGUCUCCGUGGGGCAGCUCGAGACGUCCCUGGAGCCCAGCCAGUGCCUCUAGUUCCGCCGGAGAGGGUGGGCAGCCGUCCGGAAUGCCAGACACGCGCCCCUGCCCGGCCCUCUGCACUCAGGCCUUCGAGCCAGACUUGAGUCACCAGCUGAGGGGACACCUGCUCCAGCGAGGCCAUGGCCCCAGUCACCGCGGCCUGAGGGCAGGCAGGCGCCAAGGCAACGCGGUGGAGACCCUCCCCCAUCCGUGUCCCUGUCUUCCCUCCAAGAAUCGUCUAAGCAGGUUGUCUCGGUUCCAAGGUGGGGGGCGACCAUCGAGCACUGCUCCCUCCAAUAGGGAUGGUUGCUUCGCGAUGGAUUCCAGUUCUAAAACCAGUCCAUCUCCGAUGGCAUUAUGAAACUAAUUAGACCGCAUGGAAAAACUAAUACUACGCUCAUCUGUAGAGCGGGAAAGGUGAAGGUGAUGGCGGGGUACCUGGAGGGUCUGGGGCGGCCGGAAAAGUUCUAUUUCUUAACCUGGGUGGUGGUUUAUGAGUAUUCGCCUUCUGCGUUUUUUGUGUGGUUCCUUUUAUCUGUUGUCUUAUAAUAAAAAGGCAAGCUCAUCUGUAGAA